UUUAAUUUAUUAACCGUUAACCGCAAUAGAAUCUACGCGUGUCCUGCAACAAUGCAUUUUAUAACUCAUAGUUAGAAAGUUGUUUUUUGAGAAGAAUAUGUCAGCCAGGUCCGCCUACAAAUCUCAAGGCAUUUUAAAUAUUGUUCAUAGUAUUUUUGUUGUUGUUGUUGUUUUUUCGAUUAAGAUGAAGUAAACGUUGCUUCCGAUGGCAUUUCGCUAGAGUGCGGGAACUAUGAUGAACCGUAUUUCCAUUGACCUGGUACGGUUUGGGCAUCUGUCUUGGGCAUUUGAACGCUGCAAAAUUAUCCGGAUGUGACGAUUUACUUUGACGGACGCGAUCUAGUUUUAAGAUGGCAGCGCUGGCGUCCUUGAUGCUGAGGUCCCGAGCAGGUCUGUUGGUGCCUGGUCAGUCCUUUCUGCUGGACUCGGUGAGGUUUGCGUCAAAGAAGUCUGGCAGCAGCUGUAAGAACGUUGGAGGAAAGAGCCCCGGUCGGAGAUAUGGCUUCAAGAAACAGGAUGGAAACUUUGCCCAUGCAGGCAACAUCCUUGCAACACAGAGGGUGAUGAGGUACCACCCAGGAGCGCAUGUGGGGCUGGGAACCAACAAGACUCUCUUUGCUCUGGAGGACGGCUACGUCAGGUUCACCAAGGAGGUCUACGUCCCGGCGCCACGCAGCAGGCAGUCCACGCGGGUCAUCACUAAACUGCCAAAAGGGGCUGUGCUCUACAAGACCUUCAUCAGUGUCCUGCCGCUCAAACAGGAGGGCAAGUUUAAACUGGUGGGAAUGGUCUAAAACUGACCGGGCUGGACUCGAACGUCAUUCUUUUUUUGUGUAUCCCUGUGGCAGUCAGGAUCAAAGAGGAUUUAUUUUGGUGGACUGGCUUCCCAUGCACCCUGGAGGACUUGGGCAGCUAGGGCUUCAGUUUUUGACUGAUAUCAAAGGAUUUUACUGAUCUUUUAGGCAGAGACAGUCGCUGAAGCCGACUGUAAUACUGAAUGAAAGCUGCAGACUCUUUCCUUUCCUGCCUAUAAGACACUAAAGAGUAUUUAGGAGAAUUUCAACUGUCACACAGUUGAUUUGGGCAAAACUUAACUGAAUAAAAUGUACAAAGAAAAACAUUUGUGUGGAUUUCACAGGUUUUGUGUCUGUCACUGGCGUCCACAAGGAGCCUCCGUCAUAUGAGCAGUCAACAUUGUGGCGAUUCCUGUGUUUAGUAGUAAUUUAAUUCCAAUAUUUUGGUGAAACCCUACUUAAAACCAGCCAUCACUAAGAUGUUUCAUACAGUUACUAUGCUUCACCCAGGAGAUAUCACCUUAAAGACCUUGGAUAAUAAAGUUUUGUGUGUCACUC